AUGGAUUCCGAAAAUAACGAGUUCCAGCUCUUCACAUCCUUGCGAUAUGAUCCGUUGCUUCUCAGAUCGGACGAGAACUCAAGGACGAUCUUGAACUUCGUAACACCUUCGCCUUUUUAUAUGCUUGCGUACCAUCGAGAUCGCAUGGUUGAAGCCGCCCAGCACUUUGAUUUCUUCGAGGUCGAAAAACGACUUAAAGAUGGGAAAGCUUUACACGAUGAAUUAUCCAGACAGGUACAAGAAGAGAUCAGGAAGACAGGAAAGGAUGAAGCGAUGAAGCUUCGACUUCUGUUCGAUAAAGCCGCCAACCUGACUGUGGAGUUCACUCCCAUACCCGCUGUACCACUCUCCACACUAUACCCCCCAUCAUUAGAUCCACCAAAAUCAGGAACCCAACAACACCCUGCCGACAACUUUAAGCCCUCUCCCUUGACAGGCGGCGCCCUCAAUCUCGGACCCUCAGACACCCUUUCAGCUGCCACAUCAACACCACCUGCUCCACCAGAAUGGAAGAUCAAACUGGACACCGAGCCAACACCUUCCUCACCGUUCACAUUAUUGAAGACUACAAAGCGCGAAAUGUACGAUCAAUCUCGUCAACGCGCCUUACCUGACAACCCCGCCGGCCCGGCCUAUCGCGAAGUAAUGCUCUACAACGAAGUCAACGAACUUACAGAAGGCACACUGACAUCUCUCUACCUCUUCCGUGGCGGACGGUGGGUGACACCACCCGUUGGCGUGCCAUCUGGCGAGUUCACGAGUAAGACCUUGAAGAGUGACGGGGCUGAUGAGGGGGAGUUGAGGAAGCCAUUUGCGGGGCGCUGGGGGCAUAGUACGAGGAGUGCGAAAGUCGGGGCGGGUGGGCAGAGGGGAACGAGUCGAAGGUGGGCGUUAGGAAGUGGGUAUUGUAUGGAGGAGCCGGUGGGGAUUGAAACAGUCGAGGUUGGGGAGGGAGUGUGGGUUAGUAAUGGGGUUAGGGGCUUUGGUUUUGGAAGGGUCGUUGGGUAG